AAGAGUUCAAACUUCCUUCUCUAGCUUAUUAGUCAAAAGUUAAUCCAAAUUAAAGCUAAGCUAAACUAAGUUAAAUUGCAAUAAUGACAUCUGUUAUUAUGGCUAAGAGCUCCUUUAUGAACGUCUCGAAAGUGGGUUUACCUCCUCAAGCUUCUUAUCUUUGCUCUCGUAAUGUCUCAAGGGUUUGCUUCACUUCUGCCACCAUAUUUAACGGGAACCAAUAUGCGAGAGAAAAUGUUGCGGGAUACAAAGGUGGGAGAGCAGCUGAAAGAAUCAGAGUAAAAGCCGAUGGCACCAAUCAAGUCGGCGAUGUAAUGCAGGAUGCUGCGGAUAAAAUUAAAAAGGACUUUGAUGCGGCAGCCAAAAAUGUCCAAGAAGGCGCAGAUUGGGCAGGCAAGGGAAUAACCGAGGCACAUGAAAAGAACAUGGAUUCAGCAGAGUGGGCAGCUGAGAAGGUGAAGGAAGAGGCUAGUAAAGCAGGAGAGGCCUUGCAAGGUGCAAAAGAAAGUACACAGGCCAAUAUUCAAGAUACGGCGGACUGGACAGCCGACAAGGCCAAGGAAGGGGCGAAUAAGGUGGAGGAGACGGCCAAGGGAGCGUGGGAGUCAGUUAAGGAUGCCGCACAAAAAAUUCAAGAGACAGUUGAGCAAGACAAGUAGAGUGGUUUUUUUUUUCUUUUUUGAUUAAGUUGAGGGGUUAAUCGAUUAGUGUAGUAUAAAUGUAUGAUAAUUCCUUCAAAAAAUAAAAAGAAAAUUGAUGAUAAUUAACAAUAGUCCUUAAUUGAUGAUUCCUCUCA